GCUUCUGCUCCGCCUCCGGCCCUGGGUCCUGGGUUCCGGUUCCAUGGUCCCUAGAGAGGUGAGUCCGCUGCAGGUGGGAGCUGGGUGACGGGUUGUUGGCGUCGUUGCAUUCCAGGCGCCAGCUGGGGCUCGUACCCGGCAACGAAGCUGAGCUGCGCGCCGGAGUGCCGGAGCUUCGACAAGUCCCAGGCCAGCUGAGGCGCAGGGCCCGAACCGGGCGCCCUCGGAGGCCGGAGCGGCUGGGCCUGCGGAUCCUCGGGAGCGAGAUGACUCGGUGCCGUGGUCUACCUCUCUCGUGAGCAGGAGGCUUCCGCUAACUUCCAACCCUCGGCGUGCCCCGCGACCUGCCUGGACUCGCCCUGUGGCCCCCCGGCAAGAUGCUGGAGGUCGGCCCUACCAGGAUGCGGGAGAGUUGGUGCAGGCGACCUGUCUGACAACUUGAACUUUUCCUAGGGAUUCAUGUCAGCCUCUUAGGUCAUAUUGAGCAUUUCUUCUGAGACCCCGUGUGCUUAUUACUGAAAGAAAAGCAGUAUUCUCCCCAGUUGCCUUUUAGGACGUUAUGACAUUUCUCCUUCGCAAGACAGUUCUAGACACUGGCGGAAAGACAGACUCUUCCCACUCCCAGCGAUUGUGUUGUCUUCAGGAGUUUGGGGUCACGGCUAGUGAAGGAGAAGGCCCUGACUGCAUCCUGUCCUCUUCAACAUCCUAGAGGAGCUUCGUUUCUAGCAUCUUUCUGGCAUUCAGAAAGACUCCAGGACCAUGAUCCCUCAGGCUUGAGCUGUUUACAAGGAGAGAGGAGCUGUCUCCUGAGCCCCAAAAUGGCGGCUAAGAUGGAGAUAACAUUGAGCUCGCAGUCCCACAUUCAGGCUUCCUCCAAGCAAGAGAGACACAUCAUAACAAAGCUAGAAGAGAAACGGGGGCCGGCUUUGCCAAAAGACUGGCCGGAUCCUGAGCUCUCCCGCCAGAGCUUUAGACGGUUUUGUUAUCAAGAGGUGUCUGGACCCCAAGAGGCACUCUCCCGGCUCCGACAGCUCUGCCAGCAGUGGCUGCAGCCUGAGGUCCACACUAAGGAGCAGAUUUUGGAGCUGCUGGUGCUGGAGCAGUUUCUGAACAUCCUGCCACCAGAAAUCCAGUGUCGGGUCAGGCAUCGAUGUCCAAUGAGCAGCAAGGAGAUGGUGACCCUGGUGGAAGAUUUUCACAGAGCAGCCAAGAGACCAAAGCAAUGGGUGGCCGUUUGUAUGCAGGGGCAGAAGGUGCUCUUGGAAAAAACUGGAUCUCAGCUUGGAGAACAGGAAUUGCCAGACUUUCAACUGCAAACUUCUAGGCGAUAUCCCAGGGAGAGCUGUCUGGAGGAGCCUUCCCAGGCAGGACCUCAGGACCAGCUGUGCCCCCAUCAUUGGCAAAAGUCUCCACUCCUCCUGGAACCAGCCCCGAAGUUGGCUGGGACAGAGGCCCCCAGAAUGAAAAGUGAGAACAAGGAAAAUCCACAACAGGAAGGGGCUAAAGGAGCAAAGCCAUGUGCAGUGUCAUCUGGCAGAUCCAAAGGGAAUGGUCUGCAGAGUCCUGAACCGAGAGGGGCAAAUAUGAGUGAACCCCCCCGGUUGUCACGGAGGCAGGUCAGCCCCCCAAAUGCUCAAAAGCCAUUUGCUCACUACCAGAGACAUUGCAGGGAAUUGGAAUACAUCAGCAGCCCCCUAAAAAGUCACCCACUGAGAGAGCUGAAGAAAAGCAAAGGAAGUAAAAGAAGCCUAAGCAAUCGUUUGCAACGUCUUGGUCACCAGCCCAACCGCUCAGCAAAGAAACCUUACAAAUGCGAUGACUGUGGGAAAAGCUUCACAUGGAAUUCAGAGCUGAAGAGACACAAGCGAGUCCACACAGGGGAGAGGCCCUACACGUGUGGAGAGUGUGGAAACUGCUUUGGGCGGCAGUCAACCCUGAAACUGCAUCAGCGGAUCCACACAGGAGAGAAGCCGUACCAGUGCGGCCAGUGUGGGAAAAGCUUUCGCCAGAGCUCAAACCUUCACCAGCAUCACAGGCUCCACCAUGGGGACUGAAAGCAGGGCUUCGUUCUUUCUGUUCAGAAGGAAGGUGUUUGCCUUUCUUCUUCUCCUUGCAUGUAAAUCACAAAGACUGUCUGCGUGACUUACAAGGAAAGCAAGAGGUCCCUGAGGAAUGAUGGUGCAUAUUUCACUGGUGAAGAGUCCCAGAUGAAGUUGCACGGUGACAGGGUGAAGAAAUGGCAGGUCUGGGCACUGGGUGAAAGAGAACUAGGGUCUCUGCUAUACAGUGGGGUGUAACCAAUGAGGGAGAAUCAGGAUGACCCUGCAGGUGCCCCCGCCUUGUGUUAAAUCUUCCCCGAGCUGCUGUAUUUACCUUGAGGGUAAAUUUACCUUAAGGGUAAAGUCUACAUACAGUUAUACAUUGCUGUUACACCAGACAAUCUUUAUCAUGCACACAUUUCCUUAAUCAAGAUGGGUGAGCCACAAGAA